UUGAGAGAAAUACGUUCUGUUCGGUUCAUUCAAGGCUCAGCCAGCGUUCGUGUUGACUGUUCAGAGUCCAUGAACAGAGGCCUCUGUUUGACAACUCGCCCGCCAAAACUUCUCUCAGCCAUCCCCAGUUACAAGGUGUGAUCAACCAUGGCGUAUCACAGUUUUUUGCUGGAGCCAAUCAGCUGCCAUGCCUGGAACAAAGAUCGAACCCAAAUCGCCUUGUGCCCAAAUAACCAUGAAGUCCACAUCUACAAGAAGAGUGGAACUGGCUGCUGGACCAAGAUCCACGAGCUGAAAGAGCACAACGGCCAGGUGACAGGCAUCGACUGGGCCCCGGAGAGCAACCGCAUCGUCACCUGUGGCACCGACCGCAAUGCCUACGUGUGGACCCUCAAAGGUGAGGUGUGGAAACCCACCUUGGUCAUUCUGAGGAUCAACCGCGCUGCCCGCUGCGUCAAGUGGUCCCCCAAGGAGAACAAGUUCGCCGUGGGCAGCGGGUCCCGUCUCAUCUCCGUCUGCUACUUCGAGCAGGACAACGACUGGUGGGUUUGCAAGCACAUCAAGAAGCCGAUUCGCUCCACCAUUCUUAGCCUGGACUGGCAUCCCAACAAUGUCCUGCUGGCAGCAGGAUCCUCUGACUUCAAAUGCAGGAUUUUUUCCGCUUACAUCAAAGAGGUUGAGGAGAAGCCGGCUCCCACGCCCUGGGGCUCCAAGAUGCCUUUUGGGGAGGUGAUGUUCGAGUCCACUGGCACUGCGGGCUGGGUCCACAGUGUCUCCUUCUCCGACAGUGGGAACCGAGUUGCCUGGGCAAGCCAUGACAGCACUGUGGCUGUAGCUGAAGGGGGGAAGACUCCUGUUAUCACCAGCCUGAGCUCGGAGACCCUUCCUCUCCUGUGUGUGACGUUCAUCACUGAGAACAGCUUGGUGGCAGCAGGCCAUGACUGCUACCCGGUGCUCCUGGUCUAUGAUGCGGGCAAGGGGACCGUUACCUUUGGUGGGAAGCUGGAUGUGCCAAAGCAGAGCGCCCAGCGCGGAAUGACCGCCAGGGAGCGCUUCCAGAACCUGGACAAGAAGGCCACCACCGAGGCCAAGGACGGCGUACUGGAGUCUCUGCACAAGAACAGCAUCAGCCAAAUCUCCAUUCUGGAAGGCGGAAAGGCCAAGUGUUCAAAAUUCUGCACCACUGGGAUGGAUGGGGGUAUGGCCAUUUGGGAUGUUAAGACUCUGGAAUCUGCUCUGAAGGACCUGAAGAUUGUUUAACUCCAGUAAAGUCUUAAGCAAAACAGAGCAUGAAACAACUGCACUUCCUGCAUAAUUUUUUUUAUUCAUAUAUAGUUUAUAUAUUUUGCUCAGAAAUAUACUGUAACUGUUGACGUUAAAGACAAUGUCAUGUUACAUCCCUCCCUGCAUUUUGAUAUGACGAAAGUACAGCCCAAUUAAAAUAAUAUUUUAAGCAAUUUGUUUCAUAUCAAUCCUAAAUCUGUUUCUGGAUUCUGUGAUGCAGUUAUUUAAU